UAUCGAUCUCUCUUAAUUGUUUCAUUUCUUCAAUAUAUAUAAGAAAGAAAGAUCAAAGAUCAUGUCUCCAAUCCCUCCUGUUUCUAUAAAUGCUGCAUUCCGUUCAUCCAGGCAUAAUGCAGCCUACAUAUUCAUCAACGAUGAGUAUGUAUUGCUAGAUUAUGGUCCAGGAACUACAACGGACAAAGUUCUGAAUGGUGGGCGCGUGAUACGUAUUUCCGAUGGGUUUCCAUCACUGAAGGGCACACCAUUUGGAGAACAUGGCAUAGACUCCUUCGACACUAAUGGCGACAAGGCCUACAUCUUCUCCGGUGAAAUGUGUGCCUACAUAGACUACGCUCCAGGAACCACAGGCGACGAAAAAAUCCUCAAAGGUCCCUUGAAAAUUGGUGACAUGUUUCCUUGCUUAAAAUGCACGGUGUUUGAGAAAGGGAUAGAUGCUGCAUUCAGGUCAACUAAGAGUAGUGAUGCUUACAUAUUCAAAGGAGGCCAGUAUGCUCAUCUAGACUACGGUUCCAACGAACUAUACACCAAUACCAUUAGACAUGGGUGGCGGUCUUUGGCCGGCACAAUCUUUGAAAGUGGAGUUGAAGCAGCUUUUGCUACUCAUGUGCCCAAUCGAGCUUAUGUCUUCAAAGGAGACCAAUAUGCAUUGAUCAAUUUUAUUCCGAACACAAGUGAUGGUGACUACAUGAUCAACCAUGGCCUUAUCUCUCAAAAUUGGCCCGGUAUUGGUGGUGUAUUGGCUAGAAAGAAUGGUACCAAGAAGCCUUGAGCUUCUUGACCGAUUCUCUGAAUGGUUUGUUGGUUUAUAAAAACGAAUAAGGAAAAUACUAUUGAGUGUCCUCUAGACAUGGAUUUAUGUACGAAAUGAUAGUUUCAUUUUAUUGAAAAUAUUAGCGCGCGCAACUAUGAUGUCGCGAUUUUCAAUAAAAUGUUUCCAAUUAAUUAUCAGUUUCUUAUAGCCAAGAAUAAAGAUUUGAUCCCUUGUUUAUGUCUGGUGUGUGUUCCUCAAUGUAAUGUGUGGUUGUUUCUUUUCAACUAUCUGUGUUCCUCAAUGUAAUGUGUGGUUGUUUCUUUUCAACUAUCUAAUACUACUAUGUAUGUUUGGCUAGUAUUUAUUUUGUUUUUAAAUCUCACCUAUGUAAUGUGUACGUAACCGUUUGGUGUUGUCCUGUCUGAGAGUUAAUGG